AUGUCAGUGGCCACUUACUGUAUAUUUUGCUAUAGACAAAUAGGAACUUCUGGUCCAGCCACAAAAACACACCUACCAUGGAAUGAUAUCAGAAAAAUUGCAAAGGUAACUGGAUCGCUUAUACUAGGAGGUUUUGUAUUCAUUGCAUAUGAAGUCCUGUCCUUAAAGAAGUUACUGCAAAUUGAUACUCAGGCUAUACAUCAAGAAAAACUUAAAUCCUAUGUAUACAUACGUACAACUUCUCUAAAUCCAAGUGAAUAUCAAGGGAUCACAUACCAAGCCAGAAAAGAAAUCCAUAAAGCAGUGAGGAAAAUCCUAGAAACAGAAGCUAAAAUUUUCCGGAGACCUUUUAAUGAACAAUUCAGUUCAUUUGAUGGAGAAGAUCAUGAAUGUGCCUUAUGGCUCCUCUUAAAGAGAAGUCAGUCAGAAGACAAAGAGGUCCGACUGCAGGCUGUACAAGACCUGGCAAACAACAGUCACUGGCAUGAUUACCAGUAUGUUACAGUUGCCCAAACCUGUGAUCAAAGGACUGCUAUAGGUUUGGCUCGAUCCAAAGAUAUCGACCUUCGCUUUUUCCUGCCUCCACCACCAUUGCCAAAAAUAAAGAAUGAUUAUCCCAUAGAAGAUGAACUUCGGUUGUUGUUAGUAUCUUUACCUCAGACUGGUCUUGAUCCAUGCGUGCAGUAUUUCACAUCUCUUGCUUUACGUGAAAGUAGCCAGACUCUCGCUGCUCAAAGGGGAGGCUUAUGGUGUUUUGGAGGAAAUGGACUUCCAUAUUGUGAGACAUUGAGUAAAAUCCCUUCAGAGACAGUGGAACUCUUUUGCUUGCAAGCUUUAGUACAGCAUUCUAAGGUUUCUUCUCACUGUGAUAAAAUUGAAGCUAAAGGAGGCCUUCAGCUACUACAGAGGAUAUACCAGCUACGUAAAGAUUCAGCAAAAAUACAAAGGAACAUAAUUCGCAUUAUUGGAAAUAUGGCUUUGGAUGAACGUCUUCAUUCAUCCAUAGUACGUGCAGGUUGGGUUUCUGUACUUGCUGAAGUAAUGAAAUCCCCACAUGUCAUUCAGUCUUCUCAUGCAUCCAGAGCUUUGGCUAAUUUAGACAGGGACACAGUGAAAGAAAAGUAUCCAGAUGGUGUUUAUGUCUUGCAUCCACAAUAUCGUAGCAGUCAGCCCAUCAGAGCAGACAUCCUUUUUGUUCAUGGUCUUUUGGGAGCAGCAUUUAAAACCUGGCGACAGCAAGACAUUGACCAGCGUUUGGAUAAAAAGGUUUCAGAAGGGGAAGAGGACUAUAGUCAGUGCUGGCCAAAGACGUGGCUGGCUUCAGACUGUCCUGCCCUUAGAAUCAUAUCUGUGGAAUAUGACACCCAUUUGAGUGACUGGAAAGCAAAAUGUCCUGUUGAGGCUCACAGGAAGUCUAUUGCUUACAGGAGCAAUGAGCUUCUUGACAAGCUCAGAGCUGCUGGGGUUGGAGACAGACCUCUGGUGUGGGUAUCGCAUAGCAUGGGUGGUCUUCUAGUCAAAAAGAUGCUGGUGGAUGCUUCCAAGAAUCCAGAAAUGGAUAAAAUUGUAAACAACACCAGAGGAAUCAUAUUUUAUAGUGUACCUCACCAUGGUUCCCAGCUGGCUGAAUAUUCUAUAAAUGCCAGAUAUCUUCUCUUCCCAUCUGUGGAGGUUAAAGAACUCAGCAAGGAUUCUCCUGCCCUUAAAGAGCUGAAUGAUGACUUCCUGUCCUUUGCCAAAGAUAAGAAAUUUUCAGUGCUAAGUUUUGCAGAAACCUUACCAACACACGUAGGGAGCAUGAUAAAACUGCAUGUCGUACCUCUGGAAUCCGCAAAGUUAGGAAUUGGAGACCUUAUUCCAGUGGAUGUUAACCACCUAAAUAUUUGUAAGCCCAAGAAGAAGGAUGCUUUCCUGUACCAACGUACAUUGAAGUUCAUUCAGGAUGUUUUAACCCAAGAACUUGGAGACUGAGUUUUUGCCAUCUUUGGCUGCUUAUUUCCUCCAUUUGGUGUAACGCAGUAAGUUCUCCUCCUAACUUUUUUUUAGGGAAUCUGCAGAACUACAAAGACGCUGUGCCAAUAGUAUCUGCUGCUAAAAUAAUUUUCAGAACAUCUCCAACUUAGACACCUCUCCAACUUAUUUCUAAAAUAUAUUCAAAACAAACUUAAGUCCUAUAAACUUGGCAAAAAGAAAAUGUGUGUUGGCUUAGAGUGACCAUGAUUUGUCGACAAAAUGUGUGUAAAUUCUCCAGCAAUUUGUCUGGGAGAGGAUGGGGAUUCAGUGGAAGAGAAGUUUCACUUAGUCUACAGAUAUCCCUCUGGAGCAACAUAGCUAGACUAUGGAGAGUGCCCAGGAUACCUUCUUUUAGCAAAAAUAAAAAAAGCUUGCUCUGGAGGUAGGUGGUCUCAUUAAGGUAAAUAUACAUCUGGGACUAAAGUCUUAUAGAGAGGAUCAGAAACAAUUAACUGAGGUGGUUAUUUGUUGUGUCAAAGGGGAGAAGAAGCAUGUGGCUGCCUCAAAGCUUUGGUUUACUGUCCAUGUUAAGUAGUCUGACUGGAGCCUGAAGAAAUCUGUCCAAGUGGCCCAAUUACAGGAGUUUUUGUAAUUUACCUUUUCAUUUAAUAGACCACCCAGAUUUGUCAGCAAAUACGGCAUCUGUUUUCUGUGUGAGAAAGAGAUAGGUUGGUAGGUUGUCUUGCAUAGACAACUGUAGUUGUUUUAAUCUGUUUGUAUAAAUGAAAACAAAAGAAUUGUUCACCUUCUUGUACAUUUCUCUCUUAAUCUUAGCAACUUGUGAGAUUGCGUUCUUUAGGACACUGUGUAUCUGAUCAGACUCAGGGCAGUUCUGUGCUUGUUCACAUGGAAGAUACAUAACAGAGGCUUUCUUGGGACAUACCGAGAACGUGGUACAUUUAAAUCCCUGGCUCAUGUUACUCAUUUAAAAACUCUUUCUUUAGCUGAUUUAAAGAAAAGCAUUGAAAAUGCUCAAGUGGAGUAAGGCAAACGUAGGCCCUGACAAAAAAGCUGAUGCUUCGAGUUUGGAGCUCAGGUAGAGAAAAAGUAAAGCAGGAAAAAAUUCAUGGGAUCAUAAGAUCCCACUGGAAAUACAGAAGAUCCCAGAUGUUUUGGUUUCUUGAAGCCCAAGUGUAUUUAUUGGUGUAGAUACAGAGAAAAACAGUGGUGUUGUCUUAUUUGAGUUUAUGUAAGGAUACCUUAACAGUACUGGUGAGAAGUAAGUAUUUUUAGAAAAAAAA